CUUUGUUUCGCAGAAGUGGUGAGAUCUAUAGUUCCACGUGAGACCACUGAAAAUCAUGCUGGAGUUAUUUUGCUGGGAACCCAAAGCUAUCCAUUGCAAUCUGAAUCCAAAUGGUAUUGAUCAUCCUGUCCCCACAGAAGGUAUUAACCUGCAACUUGAAGGUGAAGGAGUCGAGUCACCCUCUGUCAAGAACACUUGUAUGCCAAAAGGGCCUGAGUCGAAAGAGACACCCAAGAGACAAGUGGAGCCAGAAAUAUCUAAGAAACCCGUUGCUCUUCACUGGAAGUAA